AUGAAGUGUCUUACUCCUCUCGUCUGCCUUUUGGCACCCCUCUCCGUCAUUGCCGCUCCUCUGGAGCUGGAGGAGAGACAGGCCGCGCAGAGCAUUGACAAGCUCAUCAAGGCCAAGGGCAAGGCCUACUACGGUACCUGUUCGGACCAGAACCGCCUGACGACCGGCAAGAGCGCCGACAUCAUCAAGGCCAACUUUGGCCAGGUGACGCCCGAGAACUCGAUGAAAUGGGACCAGAUCCAGCCCCAGCGCGGCCAGUACAACUGGGGCAACGCGGACUACCUCGUCAACUUUGCCCAGCAGAACGGCAAGCUCGUGCGCGGCCACACCCUGGUCUGGCACUCUCAGCUCGCCGGCUGGGUGAACAACGUCCGUGACCGCGCCGGUCUGACCAAGGUCAUUGAGGACCACGUCAAGGCCGUCAUGGGCCGAUACAAGGGCAAGAUUUACCACUGGGACGUCGUCAACGAGAUCUUCAACGAGGACGGUUCCCUGCGUUCGUCCGUCUUCUCCCAGGUCCUCGGCGAGGACUUCGUCGGCAUCGCCUUCCGUGCCGCGAGGGCCGCCGACCCCGCCGCCAAGUUGUACAUCAACGAUUACAACCUGGACCAGGCCAACUACGCCAAGACGCAGGCCAUGGCCCGCAAGGUCAAGGAGUGGAUCGGCAAGGGCAUCCCCAUCGACGGUAUCGGAAGCAGUAAGGUAGUGAUGGCUGACAAUUCCACAGGCUCCCAGGCCCAUCUCCAGGCCAACCAGGGCGGCAACGCUCUCGGCGCCCUCCAGGUCCUCGCCGGCAGCGGUGUCAAGGAGGUCGCCAUCACCGAGCUCGACAUCGUCGGCGCCAGCGCCAACGACUACACCGCCGUCACCCGUGCCUGUCUGCAGGUCCCGCAGUGCGUCGGUGUCACCGUCUGGGGUGUUCGCGACCCCGACAGCUGGAGGGCGCAGAACAACCCGUUGCUGUUCGACGCCAACUUCAACCCCAAGCCGGCUUACAACGCCGUCGUCCAGGCUUUGCAGUAG